AAAGAAUGACUCCUGUAGUUCAUCAAAUUUGGGCCAGGAAAAUUGAAUUGGACAUUUCUCAGAGUCUGAAUGAUGAUCAGUUGAUUGAAGUCCAGUACAAAGAGGAGCACACUGCGAAGUGGAAGACAAAUUCUUACCAAAAAUCUAUGGGAGGAAGGCUAAUUUUAAAUUUUCUCAAGCCAAAGACGUUGUAUGCGAUCAGAUUUGUUCAGAAAACGUUUAAUCACACCUCAAUUAAGAGCAAGGAAAUUGAGGCGAGGACGAAACCCUGUCUCCCAAUCGAUGAAAAAACCUUGGAGAUGAAGUUCGAGGCGCCAUUCACCGCAGUGGCGAGGGUGAAGGCAGACCUGGACGAGAAGGAGAAUCUGUGCCGUUUGGCGAAGAUCCAGGUGAUAUCUGACAAGCUGAUGCUGCUGGACACCAGGGUGUACGACUCUGAGCUCAGGUGGGACCUGUCUCCGUGCCACAUUGGCAGCCAGUAUCUCUUCAGGCUCGAGGACGAGCAAGGAAACGUCGUGCAGACCAAUGGAACGUGCGCCGAAGGCGUCGAGGUUGUGGCGAAUAAACCCUCAGAUAUCACGGAUUCUCAGCAAAUUUUUGAAAUGGUGUUCACGGGAACCGUGCUGUUGCUGAUGCUUUCGAUUAUUUGCUUCUACGGAACAUGCAUCUGUUGCGAGAAGAGACGCAGGGCCCGACAAUUGGCUGAAGAGGAACGGCAGGAAAUACAGAGACGUUACAUGAGUCAAGUUUAUGUUUACUGAUCCUUUUGCGACACUUUAAUUUCGAAAAGACAAUGAGUGAGGCUUAUCAUUUUUAUGUG